AUCUUCCACGAUAAGGCGAUAGAUAGGUCGCUAGGUACCUAGGCAGGUCGCCGUUAGGAUCGCGUCAUCGCGCGCUGCCCUUUGGAACCUCCAAGCCCGCCCCGUCUUACCGCAUUUCUUUCUUUUGCCAACAAACUCCCAGCUUCGUGAGACGUGUACAACCAUCGGCACUGUAGCCCGCACCUAGUUAUCUCCGCAGUGCCUCCUUGUCUCCUGCCGUGUCUUUAACCUCUGACUCCCCUCGGCAAGCCCUGCGACGGUACCAUGUGCAGAUUUCUGGUCUACAAAGGCAAGGAUGAGAUUCUGCUCUCCAAGCUCAUCCUUGACCCCACGCAUUCCAUCCUGACCCAAUCCUACGACUCCCGCCUCCGACUCGACACGCGCCGCCCUCACAAUGGCGAUGGCUUUGGUGUCGGCUACUACACGUCGCCUGACCUGGGUCCCGAGCCCUGUAUCUUCACGUCUACCAUUCCCGCGUGGAACUGCAUUAACCUGGAGCGCCUUGCUUCGAAGACGACCUCGAACCUGAUCUUCGCGCAUGUUCGCGCCACCACGGAAGGUAACCUUUCCGACAGCAACUGCCACCCCUUCCGGCACAGGGGGCUCAUGUGGAUGCACAAUGGCGGAGUCGGCGGCUGGAAGCAUGUCAAAAGACGACUUGCUGCAUCGCUGGGCGACGAGUGGUUCAAUUUCGUCCAAGGCUCCACGGAUAGCGAGUGGUGCUUUGCUCUCUUCCUGGACAGCAUGGAGCGCAUGGGUCAUUCGCCCAACGCGGAAGUUGGUGAGAAUGGAUUUGGACACACGGUUCUGAGGAAGGCAAUGUUGAAGACUAUUGAGCGAAUUAAUACGCUUAUUAAGGGAAUCACAGCGGACGUCAAGGAGGAGGAUACGAGGAGCUUGCUCAACUUUGCGGUCACGGAUGGAACCAGUGUUGUUUGCUCGCGAUACGUGAGCAGCAUGACUGAUGAGGCGGCAAGCCUGUUCUUUUCCUCUGGUACCAGCUGGAAGGAGCAGAGCAAUGUCAACAUCGAUGCUGACAAGAAAGACUACAAAAUGGAGAGGAGGGAUAAGGGUGCCGACAUUGUGCUCGUAGCUAGUGAGCCAUUGACUUUUGAGAGAGACAACUGGGUUACCGUCCCUACCAACUCUACGGUCACUAUUCACAAGCAGACUGUGAUGAUCCACCCCAUCAUUGACGAGUACUACAGCCACGACCCCGCACACAAGCGUUCGUCGCAGUUCGCAGUCAACAAAGGUCAGACGAUCACAGGCCCCGACAAAAGCACUAUUACGCAGUCCGCUUCCCGCUCCAGCUCCGGUAUACGGACGCCUGCCGUCGGGUUUGCGUGCGGUUGAAGGGUGGCAUUGUCAGCGUCAUAUUCACGGCUUGGCUUAUGGCGUUUGUUGAUGGUUCGGUUGUAGAAGAAGCGUAGCGAAAGCGUUUUGGCGUUAAAUUGAAAGUUAGGCUAGUAAGCAAGCGUUGAGCGCUACUAGAUAGGUGGGGGUAUUGCUUUUGGCUCGGACAUGCGGGAGACCGUUUUACACAGAAGUAGUACCAAUCCGGUGCGAGGCGUCAAUUCCCCUAAACACACCGUCUAACGUAGCAACUGUUCAGGAGAUCUCCAAUGGAAAGAGCCUCA